GUUAGUUGCAAUGGUAUAAGCCACGGUACGGUUGUUUCACACUGGUCAAUUAAUUGGUCUUAAGUUAUUAUACGAUUGAACUUCUGAAACUAAUUUAUAAGUAAACAAAUAUGCCUAUCAUCGUAAAAACUCACAACGCUGGCAGUGGUGAGUGGGCCAUCAUCGAACUGCAAGGUGAUCUGGAGGUGCGUAGCAAUCAAAGCAUGAACGAUCAGUUUAUAGGUGAUCUGUACUACAACAAAUAUGGACAGCCCAUACUAAUAAUAGGUCAUCACAUAUUACAAGGACGCGAGCAGAAGCUGGAAAAACCGUUUGCAGUGCUGGAGAAAUCGAAAACUAACGAAGGACAUCAAUUACUCAAUACGACUGAUGCAAUGCUAGAAGCAAGCACCAUGAAUGUCACCGAAGGAGCCGAGCGAACACUGCUGGAUGAUACAGUAGCACUGGAGCACAAGAGUCGCCAGCGAACCGAAUACACCGUGCGGGCUAUUUGCUCGAAGAAACUAAUUUUUAAGUCCCGACCGAAACCAAUUAUAGCCAAUGUGGCAAAAACCGUUUAAUUGUUCGAUAUUUUUGAGUCACUUUGUAUUUAG